AUGGACGCGCCCCAACAACACCACAAUAAACUUACCCACAACCACAACCACCACCCCGCCCCACACACAAUACUCCCAACACCCCACACAUGGCAACACUCCCACACACCACGACAACGCCUCUCAACGCGCCCUGAAAACCACACUGAUUCCUCUUCCUCCACCAGCUCGUCCUCCUGUCCGCCCUCGUGGCUGCCGCCCUCGCCGACAGGGCUCCCUACAGGCCACCCCCCUCCCCCACCACCUCCCACCUACAGCGCUCCCGCCCCAUCCUACAGCGCACCCCAGCCAGUGAGUCCCCCCAAGUAUGACUUCAGCUGGAACGUCAAGGACGACCCUUCCGGCAACGACUAUGGCCACCAGGAGGGCCGCAACGGCUAUGACACCCAGGGAUCCUACUACGUGCAGCUGCCCGACGGCCGCCUGCAGGAGGUCACCUACACCGUCAACGGCGACUCAGGCUUCGUGGCCCAGGUCAACUACCAGGGAGAGGCACAGUACCCAACACAGCAGGGCUACGGCUCCGCACCUUCCUACCAGGCCCCCGCCCCGUCCUACCAGCAGCCCCGCCCGUCCUACGCGUAAUGCUCCACCCUCGUGACGGCCAAGUCUUUCUGUCUUUGUAAAUACUCCAUUAUA